AUGGCGGCCAGGGAGCUCUUGGUGGGCGCGGUGGAUCGCUGGGGAUUGCGGGACGUCGACCGGGCCUGGGUUGACACUGUGUGGGAACUGGACUUCACCGAGACAGAGCCUUUGGAUUCCAGGAUCGAAGGCUUGAUAACCGAUGACGGUGUGGAGGCUUUUGUGCAGCUUUACAAGGCGCUGUAUCCAUUUUGUGCAGAUGGCCAGGAGACCACGGAAAGCAUCUGGCCCAUUUUGGUGGAAAAUAACCUCUCCCCUAAUGGCAUGGUCGCUGUGUUGCAUCACUUUGUCCAAGAGGCCCAGAACAGAAAGGCCAACACACAACGACGCCUGUUUGCCCUCCACGCAGCCGGGUUGUAUUUUUUAUUAGUUGAAAUUCCCGGCAGCAUAGCCAACCAGAUAUUGCACCCGGUGAUGUUCGAGAAAUGCCUUCAAACCUUGUCUAAAUGUUGGCCUGAGGAGUUGGAUUUUCCCAGGAAAAGGAAAAAGAAACAGAACAGAAACUUGAUGGGCGAGAGAAAGAAAGGAAAGCCCGCAAGAAAUGAAAACCCUCCGACGGAAGACAUCUUUGAAGAGGAAGACGUUCAAGAAGACAUGUACUUCUCUGCCCGGGAGCUGCUCGAAAUUCGUGAGGCCCUCUUCCUCCUGCUGAGGAACCUCCUGAGGCUUUUUUCCAAGUUUUCCCUGAAAGAGAGGCCCCAAUUUGUGCAGGCCUGUAUUCAGAUCUUUGUUAAUCUGACGAGCCUGGAGCCCUGUACACAAGACUUCAAGCCUUUAGACAUGAGGACUAUUUCCAGAGCCAAGUAUAUCUCAGAACUUGCCUACUUUGGCCUACGGCUGUUGUGUUCCCCGCUGCAUAGCCUAGAAGACAAGACUUUGCGCCAAGUCUUCUAUCAGCUUCUCAGGGUCAUCGUGAUGCUGCCUGGGAAAGAAGGCAGCGUCUCUCUCCCUAUCCCUUCUCAGAUGAUCGAUGCGAGGAAAGCGGCCCUCAGGUUCCUCAGCUCUAUGAUUGAAGAACUGAAAGAAACGGCCUUCCCUGUACUAAGGAUCUUGCUGCAACAUAUAUGUGUUAAGGUUCCGGAUAAAUCUGAAUACCGGACGUAUGCGGCGUUGUCUUUGUCGCAGUUGCUUUACAAACUCCCUUGCACUGAGCAUGCCAGAUUCAUUGCUUGGCUGUAUGGAUACUCACGCAAUAACAAGAUUUCCUACAGGGUAUUUGCACUCGAUGUGGCCUUGGCUUUGUUAGAACAUCCAGAGCGGUUUCCGGAUGUCGUUUUGACCGAAGAGGAGCAGGUGUUUCUGAAACACAAAUUCCUGGUUCAGGUCAUGAUCAUCGGUCGGUGUUCAGACAAAGUGCCCACCGUUCGCAGCAAAGCCCUGUCCAGCUUCGCUCAGUGCCUGGAGAACAAAGUUAUCCCGAACGUACAAGACAUUCAGGAGCUGCUGCAUGGCAGUCGUACCAGCCAUCAGCUGAAGACAUUCCCAACCUUCAAAACCAUCGAAAUGACCCACGAACGGGACUCCACCAAGUUUGACGGAAAAGAAAUCAUGGCCGUCCUGAGGCGGAGAGCUAUAGAUGAGAAGACCAACGUGAGGAAAUCGGCCCUCCAGGUGUUGACCAGCAUUUUGAAACACACUGUGGUCCCGUGUACCCAAGAAGACCUGUCCACCGUCCAGGAUCGUUGCCGGGAUCCAGCUAUCUCCGUGAGGAAGUUAGCGCUGCAGUCUGUUACGGAGCUAUUACUGUCACAACCAACGAACCUUCUGAUGCAGAAGGCCUGGCUUAUGGGAGUCAUCCCCGUCAUUAUGGACUGUGAGACCACUGUCCAGGAGAAAGUCCUGGAGUGCGUAGAUCACCUCUUGCUGCAGCCGAUGAAGCCCUGCCAUAAAUUCAUGCCUCAAGACAAGGAUCAAGUGCUGGCCUGGGAUCUCCUUAGGUUGCUCACAACAGAGACUCAAGAGCUGAGCCGCUAUUUAAGUAAAGCUUUCCACAUUUUGGCUCAGAAGAACAAAUUCUCCUCUUCGUUCAUUAACGGCAUCAUCUCUCAUACCGAAACUGAGCGUGCGGCAGCGGCUUGGAUGUUAUUGGCAAAAGUGGCUGGUUCUUCACCCAAGUUGGACUAUUCGAAAAUCAUUGAUGCCUGGGACAGCAUCAGCAAACAGCCCAAAGCCAAUCUGGAGACCAUGGUGCACAUCCUCAGCGUGAUUGGAAGUGUGGCCAGACACCUGCCCAGCGGUACCAAGAGCAGGCUAAUGAAUGAUCUCAAAUGUUGGCUGCAGGACUUCCAGUGUCCUUUGGAAGCGAUCAGCCCAGCUAUCGAAACUCUGCAGAAGCUUAGCCAGGCCGUCACAGACGCCCCAAAGGAGAUGCAGGAGCUGCUGAACAACCUGUGUGGAGAUCUUUUAACGACCUGUGAGCAAUAUAUCUCCAAAAUAGUCCUCCAAGAAUUUGGCACGGAACAGCUGCAAGAGGAUGUCUUGGUGAGGCACCUCUUCACCUUGGGUGAGAUUGCGCAGCUCUGUCCGGCCAAAGUGGACAAGCGCAUCUUCUUGCUGACCCAAUCCCUCUUGGCUAGUCCUGACAACAUGGAACAUUUGUCCAGCCCUGCGGAGAAUGAGGACCUUCCAGCAUCCCAACCGUUGUCACAAUUCCGAGGGUCCACGAUGCCUUCUCCAGUCCGAGCACAUGCAUUCAUUACUCUGGGAAAGCUAUGCCUGCAACAUGAGGACCUGGCGAAGAAGUGCAUCGCGGCCUUGGCUCGCGAACUGGAGGUGUCCAAGGACGUGGCCGUCCGCAACAAUGUGGUGAUUGUGAUGUGCGACCUCUGCGUCCGCUACACCACCAUGGUGGACAGGUACAUUCCCGACAUUGCCGUGUGCCUGAAGGAUCCGGAGCCAUUCAUACGGAAACAGACGCUCAUCCUCCUUACGAAUCUCUUGCAGGAAGAAUUUGUGAAAUGGAAAGGCUCUCUCUUCUUCAGGUUCGUCAGCGUUCUGGUGGACCCCAAUCCAGAAAUUGGCAGUUUCGUCAAGUUCUGCUUGGUGCACCUGCUGCUCAAGAGGAAUCCGGUCAUGUUUUCUCAGCACUUCAUCGAAUGCAUCUUCCAUUUCAACGGUUACGAGAAGCACGAGAAGUACAACAAGUUCCCCCAGAGCGAAAGGUCGAUAUCCCAGGGCAGGAGGGAGAGAGAAAUAGCUUCCUGCUGCAAUGUUUGGCGUUCUCCUUUUUUCCAAAAUUUGAUCGUAGCCUGCUUUGUGGAUGGGAUCCUGCCUCUCAAUAUGGAAGCCAACCAGCUGCUCUCGGAUACCUUGGAGAUCUUGAACUGCAAGGAGAUCAAACUCUCGGCCAUGAGAUCCAGACCGGAAGAAGACAUCCAGCCGGAAGAAGACGAGUUGGCCAUGGCCAAUGCCGUCAUGCAGGUCGCCCAGAAGAAGCUGAUUUCACAAGUCCAAAAGAAGAAUUUCAUUGAAAAUGUCAUUCCCAUCAUCACUUCGCUGAAGACCUUGUUGGAGCAAAAUAAACUCCCAGCGUUGAAGGACCUCAUGAAUUACCUCCGGGAGAUGAUGCAAGAUUACCGCCAUGAAAUCAAGGAGUUCUUCGCCCUGGACAAGCAGCUGGCGGCUGAGCUGGAGUACGAUAUGAAGAAGUACGAGGAGCAGCUGCAGAAGGAGGCUGAGCAAAACCAGGAGCUGAGCGUGGAUCACGAAGGCCACAACACGCCAGUGGCCAGGCUGUCUUCCAGCUUGGAGAGGACUUCACAUCCUCGGAAUCAGAUGGACAAGGCCUCCCCGCCUACCCAAAGCAAUUCUCCCCCUCUGCGAUCUCCUCUCUCGCCCCUUGCAAUGUUUACCGUUCCUGGGACGGGAGCCAUGAAACCCAGAGCCAGGAAUCUGUCCCUGACUACUGUUGCCAUCCUCAACUCCGCUAAGCAAGCCGUCGAGGCCCUGAAGGCGAAGCGCGGAAGAAGCAUGGGGACUGGGGUGGAGCUUCUGGAGAGCAGACAAAGCGAUAAAGCUUCCUUUUGCAGUCUGAACCACCCGUCUUCCGUUACCAACAGACCCUUGGAAGGCCGCGCGAUCAGUACUCCUGAACAGUCCAUUAACAACGUGACCUUCGGAGCCGGGGUCAGCCAAAUUAGCCUGAACCUCACAUCAUCUUCUUGUAAAGUCAAAGAGGAACCCCAGGAUCAGAUCAUUUGCUUGAACUCCCCGGAUAAACCGCUGCCUCCGCCAGCGCCAUGGAGGGUGAAUUCUCCAAGAAGAAGCAGUCCGUCCAGUUUAAGUCUGCGGAGAUCCAGCCGUAAAACAUCCCGACAGCCAACGAAAUGAGUGUUUUUGUUCCCGGCAAGAAUGCCUCUUGCCUACAAGCAGAAUCAUGUUUCCAGAGCACUCUCGGCACCUUUUGGAAGAUCAUCGAUCGAUGCCUCCUAACCGUGUUAAGCUUGCUUGCUUUUAUAAUCGGUGGGCUAUAAAUAACCUGUUUAGUAGUACUGCAGUUGGAAAUAACCAAUGGCUGCCUGCUUUAGACAAGACCCCCUCCUUCCCCCCAUAUUUCGUUUGAUAUGUAGAUGUCCUCUGGAGUAUUUGGGUUGGUUGGGGGUCCAUGAAGCUCGUUUAGGUCUGGGACUAACUUUGACAAUUGACACGUAGCCCAGUGUUCUAAGUCCGCAUGCCAGAAAUGUCACACAGAGCCACCUCUCUGGGCACACCAGCCGUUGCCCGUUGCUCUUCUGCCGGCCAGCUGGUCUUCACACGCUUGGAAAACCGGAAGAGCAGCUUGCUUAGAGCACAUGUGCGCCACGGCUAGUUGAUCCUUGCAUGCGCGUUCGAAAGCUAAGCUUCCGGUUUCUGGCGCUUCCGGUUUCCGGCACUUCCAUGCACGCACGUUGGGGAGCUCUUCUGGUUUUUAGUGUGCGUGCAUGCUCUCAUUUUGGCACUUGGCGCCCAAAAAGGUUAGCCACCGCUGUUCUAAGUCUUUCUCACAGCCAACGUCUAGCAGGAAGCUUGAUUUUACAUCCUCGUUUUGCAUCGGCCGAGAGCCGGUGAAUCUAAGAGCAUAUGGAAGAAAGACAUCGUUCCAUACGGCUAGUGUCUCUGGUCUAGGCCAGACCAUGCGAGCAUGGGGAGAAGCUUGCGGUGGGGGCAGCUGGGGGAAUGAAAUCUCCUGGAAGAAUUGUGGGUUGAAAUUUCACACCAUAAUUCCUCCCCCAUGAAAAUGAUUGUCCAGCCCUCAGAUAGAAGAGAUCUACUGCAACCUCAGAAUUCUUCUUUGGAACCGGAUCCAUAUUUUCUCCUGCAGUUAAAAGAAUGGCUGGGGGGUCUUAGACCAAGACCUCGAGCAAUUGAAUCAAACAGAUUUCCAGUGGGGGAAAAAAAUCCCCACAGCUGUUCUUGUAAAAACCGCUUAGCCUAAACCAGGAAUCUUGGCAAUUUUAAAACUUGCAGACUUCCAACUCACACAAAUCCUGAGUUCUGGAAGUUUGAAAUCCCACCAGUCUUAAAAAGGUGCCAUGUUUGGAGCCUCCCUGACUAAACCAGCAUCGCGUGUCAGGGUCUAUAAUGACUACCU